AUGUGCAGUUCUGAAGUGGAUUGUGCAAUUGAGGAGUUCUCUGGAAAGAGGGCGAAAGAUUUGGUGAGACUGGUUGAAAAAAGUUCAAGCAGCAAGUUCAAGGAUAUGGAAAAAGAGCGUAUGUGCAUGAAGACUUCCGGCCUGCAUCCCAGCAAUCCUGUCAAAGCCCAGCAGGAGAAACAAUCCUGCGAGGGACGAUUCCAGGGAAGGAAACUUUUGUGUGCUGUGCGAAAAGCGAGACCCUUACCUCCAUCUAGAGGCCUGGCGAAGAACUUCAAGGUCAACUUCAAUACGAGCGAUGAAGGAGCAUUUGGCAGACCCAGCCCAUUUCAUGUGUUGUCCACCUAUUCAAAUCUCAAGAUGACAGUCCUGCCAGCCCCAGAGAAAGGGCUCCAUUAUAUCUUCCGAUAUUAUGCGGUACCGGUGCUAAUGAUGGGUGGGAACAUCAUCAUAACUUUCUAUUGUCUCUGGUAUGGGAAGGGACCUGAUCGAGGACCGUUCGACCCAUGUGUCAUGAUGGGAAAUGCAUUUGCCUGGAAAUUUGUCGGUAUUCUAUUCAUCUGGUGCUUCUUGUGGAUGUACAUUGGUGGCAAAGUGUACGGCCCUGUCACGGAUUAUGGCCAAAUCCCUGAGUACACUGGCGGUGGGUUCCGGUUUUACUUCAUCACCACAGCUUCCUACAUUCUCCUUCACAUUCCGUAUCCAAAGCUUUCAUGGUGGUUCUACGAGAACUUUGCACAGAUUGUAGCGGCCUCCCAUUGGUGCGGGUUAACCAUUGCUGUACUACUUUUUAUCAAAGGAAAAGUGGCUCGUGACUAUGAUGAGAAAAUCGCUCCCUAUCCCUUGAUACACGAAUUCUAUCGAGGCAUAGAACUGCACCCUCACAUAUUUGGAUUCGACGCUAAGCAGUAUACCGUCGCUCGCGUUGGAAUGACCUAUUGGUCCAUCGUGCCUCUUUCGUGUUACUUUGUGAGCCUAGACAAAUGGGGAUAUAACGCGGGUUUCACGGUGAACUUCAUCCUGCAGACAAUCUACACAGUCAAAUUCUAUUUUUGGGAAUGGGAGUACAUGACUCAAACAUUGGAUAAUACUUUGGAUAGGGCUGGUUAUUAUUUAUGUGGAGCAAGCCCAAUUUCCAUCCCUGGACUGUGUUUGUUCUCAACUUUUUUCAUGGUAGCUCAUCCCCCACUCGUAUCCAAUUUCACAGCUUGGCUGCUUUUUGUCAUGGGGAUCGUGUUCAUCAUUCUGGAAUAUCAGGUAGAUCACCAAAAGACGGAAUUCCGACGUACCGAUGGCAAAUGCUUAGUUUGGGGAAAGCCCCCGAAAUACAUUGAGGCGGAGUACGAGACGUCGGAGGGGAAAAAGAAAAGCAAAUUACUCAUUUCCGGCUAUUGGGGCAAAGUCAGGCACAUAAACUACACCUUCGACAUCACGAUCGGCCUGUGCACCAAUAUGGUCGGUUAUCACUACGGGAUCUGGCCCUUUUUGUAUAACAUAAUAAUGGGCUCUCUCCACAUUCAUAGGCUGACGAGGGAUGAAUACAAGUGCAUGAUGAAAUACGGUCAUGCUUACGAAAAGUACUGCAGGAUUGUCCCCUACAGGCUCAUACCCGGAGUUGUCUGAUUCAUUCUUUUUCUCAUUGCCCUAUGUAUUUUUUGCUUAAGAGUCUUCUAGCGGCCUACGGCCGUUACGCUGGCCGUCUGGGUGGGAAUUUGAAAAAUGUUUACGUAAAGAUAUGAAGCAGAUCAGUUCAAACCAAACAAUAAAAUCUUAGCUUUUAUGGCCUAACCUAUGGACUAGAAUGGCAGAUCCUUGUAGGCCUGGCGUUUUGGACCCUGGAUGGCCUGGCUCACGGCCUAGAAUAUCAUAGCAUCAUAGGCCUCGCGCGUUAAGAAUCACCACAACUUUCGGCCUCUUUCAAUUGAAGUAUUGUUAUUUUUUGGUUGUGUUGUUUUGGUCUUUCAGUGAGCGAGAAUAUCAUCCCAGCUCGAUGAGUUCACUGGCAUAUAAUUCUGUUUCCCCAGUGUAUAUUUUUCGUGGUGAUAUGUUUUCACUUUCAUUCAUUUCCCG